UAGCAGCUCUACUUCCACAGCUGAUUUUAUUUUGAAUUAAAAUUUUGCGAAAAGUACAACAAAUAAUUAUUGAAAUGGAAAACGAACCCGCAGCGAAAAUCACUCCGAAUACUGGUAUCCAUAAGAGAGACCUCAAGAGGCGCUUGGAGAGGUUUCUGUACAAAAAGGGCUACUCGCAGGAAAACCUCCUGGCAGCCUCCAAAAUCCGCGACCAAGACCACUCGAGGGAGGUGUUUGCCUACGUGUCUAGUAUGUACGACUGGGCAAGCGAAGGAGUCGCCAACUGCGACUCCGUCAGUCUGAACAACAUCACCCAGUGGCUGGAGCUGAUGAGGACCGCUGAUCUCUCCAAUCGCUGCGAAUUUGAGGCGGCGGCCGUUGUGAACUCAAUAGUUAUGAAUGAGAUUAAGCCACUGCCAGAAAAACUAAAUGGCAUUGACUUAAAUGAGGCCUACACAUUUCUGGAAAAUGCGCUACUGGGCCAUCCCCAGAAGAAGUUAACUGAAGCCACCAAGGCGUUUAUUUCCAAAGAAAUUGAGCUUCUUAUAGCCGAGGCCAACACCGAUGAGUCGGACGAUGUGGCGCGGAGCAUGGGACAGAGCCUGUACCACGAGCAGGAGUACGACUAUGUGGCGCAGCCCAACAAGGCUAGCCUGGAUCCCCUGUUCCUGGACGAAAGAGAAUAAUUGUAGAGCGGCACACAGCUUAAUCAUUUCCACACAUUUAUUAAACAUUUAAAUUCAA